AUGGCAAAUUAAAAUAAUAGUGAAGGUGAUUUUAAUAUAAUAAAAUCUAUUUAAUUUGAAAUUGAAUAGAAAACUUUUUACCAAUAAGUUUGCAGCUUACUUAAGAGUUUGAAAUACAAAAUUGAGCUUAAAAUAAAUAAAAAAAUUUAAGACAAUUAAACAAUUAUUGUUAAAAUAAAGGGUUAAACUCUUUAAUACACUUAAAAUGCAAAGGAUGAUAUCUAAAAUCUUUAAAUGGAUUAGCAAUAAUUAUCUGAAAUUAAUAAUUUAAUAGAGGAAAAGAAAUUAAUUGUUUAAUCUAUAAAAUUGAAUUUAACUGACAAUUUUUUAGAAAAAAAUCAGUUUUUAUAGCUUGGAUAAGAGAUAUCAUAAUUAUGCAUUAUUGACAAAAUUAUUUUUUAAAAUAAAAAAAAACUUUCUUUUAAUGACAAAACCGUAGAAAAUAUAAAGUAAUUCUUCAAAGUCUUUAACAAUGUUGAUUAAAUUGAAGUUAAUAUUAAUAAAGAAUGCAACUUAGUCUUUUUAGAGCUAAUUGCUUUUCUUACUUAAAUCAAAGAUCAUUAAAAUCUAAAAAUAGAAGGUGUAAACUACACAUUUAAUAGAAACUAAGAUAACUCAAUAGACCUUUUACAAUUAAAUAAAUUUCAUUUUUCGAAUAGUUAAAACUUAGAUAAAAUAAAACCACUGCUUAAAAAAGUAAAAAAGCUGGUUAUUAACUUAGAAGGAUUUUUUAAUUCAAUAAAUUUAAGUAAAACCAUUGAAUCUAUAAACAAUUUAAAAGACUUGGAAGAAUUAUAUUUUAAUUAUGAAUAAAAUGGGAAUAUUUAGGAUAAAUUUACAAAGAAUAUGAAGUAAUUCGAAAUAGGAGCAAAAAAUUUGAAAGUUUUAGAUACUUAACUUCCUUUUGACUUUUUACAAAACACGUUAGAAAAGAGCAAAAAUCUCACUGUUUUUAAAAUGACUUCCCUAAUAAAUGAUUAAAAAGACAUAUUAUAUUUAAAAGAAUUUAUUCAGAAAAUGUAAAAAAUACAAAAUAUAACUUUAGGUUUCGAAUUCUUAAAUUUUGAUAAACUUCAUUAACUUUUAUAAGGCUUUGAAAAUUAAUUUGAUAGCAAGGUCUAAUUUAAGAUAAUUUUUAAGGACUACAUAUACCUAGAAUACAAGUAAAAGUCAUUAGAUUCACUUGAAAAAAAUGAGUUAAAAGAAAACAUAAUUGAAGUUGAUGUCUAAAAUGAUUAAAGUUUAAUAAAAACAGAUGCAGAAUAAUUAAUAAAAAUUAUAUCAUCUAUUUUAAAAUAAUUUAAAUUAACUUAGAAUAAUGAAUAACUUUAAAACUCUUUAGGAAAUUAUAAAAUUUAUUCUCUUGACAUAAAAUUAAAACUCAAGAAUAAAUUCUUGCUUCAUGGUGUUUAAGAAAACAUAAAUUAUUUAUUCGAUUAAAAAGAAAAUGUUUAAAUUUCUUAAAAAAUAGAUAUCAAAGAUUUUAUUAUUUUUGAGUUUAAAAAAGAUUCAUUUGCUUUUAAAAGAGAUGCUGAAGAGAUUUAAUAUGCUUUUGAUUUAAAUAUUUAGAAUUAUUUCUCUUUGUUGGAGUUUAAAUAAGAAAAAUUAUUUUUUUACGAAUAUGAGGAAGAAUAAGAUUUACAAAAAGACUUAGAAUUAGAAAUACAAAAUGAUUGCUUAUUAACUUAAACAAAUUUAUGCAAAUUGUAAACUAUUAUUAAAGAAAUAAUUAAUUUAAAUGGUCUUUCUAUAACAUUUCACUGGGAUUUUAUUAAGAAAAAAGAAGAAAAUGUCUGA